UGAAUUUAUUCUGCUUACAACCUAGAAGUUUAAUUGUCAAAAAGCUGUCAAAAGAAAUAACCCACGUUGGUUUGUUAUUUUAGUUCGGAGAAAUAAUUUAUUUACUGUAUAUUACUAUUUAAAAGUGAUCAAUAAAAACUACGAAAAUGGCCAAAAAAGGUAAAAUUAAGAUUAGUAAGGUGAAGAGGAACAAUCAGACCACGAAUAAAAUGCGGAAGAAGGGUCAGCUGAAGCUGCAGAGACAUAGAACUCACGUGCAGAAACAGAAACAACCAACACAGCAGCCCACAGUAGAAUACAGCAGCGAAAGCGAGGCAGAAUCUGAAGACCAGUUCGGAGACAUGUUAGAUGACGAGGAACAGCAGUACCUCAUGAGCAGACUGUCUAAACAGCCUACUUUACUAGCUAACAUACCUGAAAAUGAAAAGCCGGGCAAAAGAUCAAGAAAGCGUAAAAGGGAGAAGAAAGAGAAAUACCCAAAGCCCACUGCUGGUACUGGUAGUGACAGUGGUGCAGAGAGUGCUGGACUGUCUGACUCCGACAGUGAAGUGGAGGACAAGUAUGAGAAGGAGCAAGCAGAGAGGCCGGCCAAGAAGAUGAGGCCACUGUUACCUAUUAAGACUAAAGAGGGGCUAAUGGAAAGGGCUGAGGAGUGUGAAGACUCAGAAUCAGAGCAAGAAGAAGAAGAACAAAAACCUGACAAAAGCAAACAAACAGAGAAGCAGUCAGAUGAUGAAGACUCAGAGUCUGACUCCGGCAUGGAUGGCACGGAGGAGGCAGAGACAGCUGGUGAUGAAGAGAAAGUUGUGACCGCUGUGGAGCUGAUGGCAGCCCGGAGAGACAAGCUGCAGCAUGAUAAACUAAGAAUUGGAGCUCUAUGCUCUUCUCUGCUUGAGAAUCCAGAGAAGAAGCUGAAAAACCUGUUUCCAAUACUCUACCUGAUGGAAGAUCGCCUGAAGGAUGGGUCAUUGAACCUGAUCUCUGUCCGUAAGCUGGCCACGGUGUCUGCAUUUGAAGUGUUCAAGGAUAUUCUGCCAGAGUACAUGAUCAGGCAUCAGGAUUACUCUAAUAUUAAAUUAAAGAAAGACACAUUGGCGCUAUAUAAGUACGAGAAGGAAUUGCUAGAAUUCUACAAACGAUAUCUGCAAAGGUUGGAAAAGGCUGCGGGAGUAUUACGUCGCAAAAAAGGAGAUACGAGAAAAGUAGACGAGCACACGAUGAGCCUGGCGCUAGUAUCGCUGCGUUGUAUGUGCGGGCUACUGGUGGCGCGGCCCCACUUCAACUACGCCACCAACAUCGCGCAGAGCGUCGUGCCCCACCUCGACUGCAAGGACCCCCGGGCGCGGGACACCGUCACCGAGUGCUGCACCAAUGUCUUCGCUGAGGACAAUAAAGGAGAUAUCACUCUUAUUGUAGUCCGUCUAAUAAACCAAUUAGUAAAACGUCGCAACGAGCGUCUGGACCCGUCGGCCCUGGACUGUCUACUCACCCUCAAGAUCAGAGACAUCGACAUGGACGCGGAGGCAGAGAUCAAGCACAAGAAGAAGCAAGAAGAGAAACACAAGAAGCGGAUUGUUAACUUGUCUAAGAAGGAAAAGAAGCGAGCGAAGAAGUUAAAAGAAGUAGAACGCGAGUUGCUGGAGACGCAGGCGCAGGAGAGCGAGAUGGCGCGACGGAAGCAACUCACCGAGGUCACCAAGACCGUGUUCCACAUCUACUUCCGACUGCUGAAGACUGCGCCGCGGUCCAAGCUGUUGGCUGCCGCGCUAAAUGGACUCGCCAAAUUCACACACGUAAUAAACCUGGAAUACUACUCGGACCUGGUGGCGAUCUUAGCGCGGCUGAUAUCGGACGAGCUGAUCGGCGCCCGCGAGCGAUUGUUGUGCGUGCGGACGGUACUGGCCGUGCUCGCCGGCGCGGGGGACGCGCUCAACGUCGACCCCGCCAAGUUCCACGCCUAUCUAUACGUCUGCAUGCUCAACUCUCAUGCUGGAAGAACACAACCAGACUCCAAGAUCAUCCUAGAGUCAGUAUCUCAGAUCUGCGCGCGCGCCCGUCGCGUGUCGGCGGCAGUGUUGCAAGCCUUCGCCAAGCGAGUGGCCACGCUGGCAACACAACUGCAGCACCACGGGGCACUCGCCUGCAUCGCACUGCUGCAUCAUCUGGCUCAGCAAAGUAAAGCAGUAUCGACCCUCCUGGAGGCAGACAGCGAGGCGGGCGGGUCGGGUCGGUUCGACCCUACAUUACCGUCCCCCGAGCACUGCAACGCGCACGCGGCCGGCCUGCACGAGCUGUGCGCGCUGGCGCGGCACUACCACCCCACCGUGCGCGCCGCCGCCAGCCAUGUGCUCCGGGGGACACUGCCGCCUGAACUUAAUAAGAUGACACCCUCACAAAUAUUCAAAGCAUAUGACGGCUCAGAGAUGGCGUUCAAACCUGCGAUACCUCCUCCGAAGAAAGGUGACAAUCAGACCAAGAAGAUAUCCAACACACAUGCGUGGGCGCAGCAAUCCUUCAAAGUAUUGUGUGAAACAGUAGAAAACAAUGUUCCAAUGGUCAUCAGUAGUAAGACGUGAAAUAAUAAACUUUACUGUUAGUAAAAAUA